UUAAGGCGCUGCUUUGGAUUUUACUGCUGAAGCGACUGGAGGAGUGCGGCUCCGAGAGAGUCGUGUUGCUGAAUUCGAAAGAAUCCCAGGCGGAACUGGGUUGGACGUCGUAUCCUGCAAAUGGAUGGGAGGAGAUCAGUGGCGUGGAUGAGAAAUACAAACCGAUCCGCACGUACCAGGUGUGUAACGUGAUGGAGCCGAACCAGAACAACUGGCUGAGGACGGGGUGGAUCGGGCGGCGUGGAGGUCAGCGCAUCUUUGUGGAGCUACAGUUCACGCUGCGCGACUGUAACAGCAUUCCGGGCGUAGCGGGAAGCUGCAAGGAGACGUUCAACCUGCUGUACGCCGAGUCGGACCGGGUGCUGGGGGGCCACGACGAUGACGAGGCACGCUACAGUAAAGUGGACACCAUCGCUGCAGAUGAGAGCUUCACGCAGGGCGACCUGGGCGAGAGGAAGAUGAAGCUGAACACGGAGGUGCGUGAGAUCGGACCUCUGACGCGCCGCGGCUUUCACCUGGCCUUCCAGGACGUGGGCGCGUGCGUGGCUAUCGUCUCCGUACGUGUUUAUUACAAACGCUGCAGCACCGCUGUGCAGAACCUCGCCAUUUUCCCCGACACGGUGGCCGAGGCUGCAUUUGCCACGCUGGUGGAGGUCCGAGGUGUCUGCGUCAACAACUCUGAGCCAGACGCCACCGACUCUCCUCCCAGGAUGCACUGCAGUGCCGAGGGGGAGUGGCUUGUGCCCAUCGGCAGGUGCAGCUGCAGCGCCGGCUACGAGGAGGGACACAGCAGCUGUGAAGCAUGCCCACCAGGCACCUAUAAGAUGUCGUCCCAGCAGCAGGAGUGUUUAUCGUGUCCUGCUCACAGCGUGUCCGAGGGCGAUGGGUCCGUCAUGUGCGUGUGUGAAGAGGGCCACUUUCGAACGCUGUUGGACCCCCCGUCAGCUCCGUGCACACGACCGCCCUCUCCUCCACGAGACUUGCUCUACACCCUCAAACAGUCCACACUCAUCCUGGAAUGGUCUGCUCCGGAGGACUCGGGCGGUCGUGGUGACGUGAGCUACAGCGUGGCAUGUCAGCGAUGCGUCUCCGCCCCACGAGAACACUGCGAGCCGUGCGGUGCUAACGUCGGCUUCGUGCCUCAGCAGAGCGGCCUGAGCGGGCGUACAGUCUCCGUGCUCAACCUGCUGCACAACGCCAACUACACCUUCAGCGUGGAAGCCAGGAACGGCGUCUCAGAGCUGCUGCCUGAUAAACGCUUCCACACGCAGGUCAACGUCUCCACCAGCCUGCCAGCUUCCUCUCAGGUGAGCGAGUUGCGGGUGGAGAAGAUCGAGCAGCGCAGCGUGACUCUGGCGUGGAGAGAAUCGACCAACCCCAACAGCAGCCGAACAGAAUACGAGAUCAAAUACUAUGAGAAGGAGCAGAAAGAUCAGAGUUACUCCACCGUGAAAACCGCAGCAACCAAAAUCAGUGUGAACAACCUGAAACCGGGCACCACCUACGUCUUCCUCAUCCGCACGUGUUCCAGCCCCGCCCUUUCCUCCUCCCCCUCUUCCUCAUCACUCCUCUCGUCGUCUUCCUCUUCACCAUCAUCCUCUGUACCUGCAGCUCCUCCUUCUCCUCCUCCGUUGGACUACGGGGCUUUCAGCACACCGCUCGAGCUGCAGACACUCGGAGAGUUGGCUCUGGCAUCGAGUGAACAGAGUCCAGUGGUGAUCCUUGUGGUGGUGUCAGUUGCUGCUCUCAUCAUGCUGCUGUCUCUCGGUGUUGGACUGCUCAUCUGGAGGAGACAGUGUGGCUACAGUAAAGCCAACCAGGAGGGAGACGAGGAGCUUUACUUCCAGUUCAAGAUCCCGACCCGGAGGACGUACAUCGACCCCGAGACGUGUGAAGACCUGCUGCAGGCUGUUCACACCUUCGCCAAAGAGCUCGACAACUCCAGCGUCAAGAUCGACAGGAUCGUUCACUCGGGUGAUUUUGGUGAGGUGUGCCGCGGCUGCCUGAAGCUGCCCAGUAAACGUGAGCUCCCGGUGGCCAUCAAGACACUGCGGAGCGGCUGCUCGGAGAAACAACGGCGCUCGUUCCUGUGCGAGGCGGGAAUCCUGGGCCAGUUCGACCAUGCCAACAUCAUCCGCCUCGAGGGGGUCAUCACCAGAGGUAACACCAUGAUGAUUGUGAUGGAGUGUCUGGCCAAUGGUGCCCUGGAUUCGUUUCUACGGAAACAUGAAGGUCAGCUCAGCGUGCUCCAGCUGGUGGACCUGCUGAGUGCUGUGGCCUCAGGGAUGAAGUACCUGACUGAGAUGGGUUUCAUCCACCGGCGUCUCGCAGCCCACAAAGUGCUGAUCAACAGCAACCUGGUGUGUAAAGUCUCCGGCUUCAGACCCUUACAGGAGGACAAGAUGGAGGUCGUGUAUACCACACUGCACGGUGGGAAGAGCGUGGUGUUAUGGACGGCCCCGGAGGCGAUCCAGUACCACCGGUAUAGCUCCGCCUCCGACGUCUGGAGCUUCGGCAUCGUCAUGUGGGAAGUGAUGUCAUUUGGGGAGAGGCCUUAUUGGGACAUGGGCAGCCAAGACGUGAUCAAAGCGAUCGAGGACGGUUUCCGGCUGCCAGCUCCUCUGAACUGUCCCCCGUCUCUACACCAGUUGAUGUUGGACUGCUGGCAGAAGGAGAGGACGGAGAGGCCGAGCUUCUCUCAGAUCCACAGCGCUCUCAGUAAAACCAUACGCAGCCCAGACAACAUCAGCUCAUCCACGCUAACACACAGGACACUAGGCUCGUCCUCCAUCUCGCUGGCGGAGAGGACGCUGGCGGAGAGGACGCUGGCGGAGAGGACGCUUCCAUCAUUCCCCUCGUUCAGUUCUGUAGGCGAGUGGCUGGACGCUGUGGAUUUGGGUCGCUACAAAGACAACUUCGCCGCCGCAGGGUACUGCUACCUGGAGUCCGUCGCGCGCAUGAAUGUCCAGGACGUGCUCAGUCUUGGUAUCGCGUCUCUGGAGCAUCAGAAGCAGCUGCUGUCGGCCCUUCAGACUCUCAGAGCACAAGUCAUCCAGAUGCACGGCCGUGGAGUGCAGGUUUAACACACACACACACACACACAAGACAGACAGGACAUUGAAACACCAACGGACCCUCCGUCCCCAACAGGACAUCCACCAAUAAGGAAAGCAGAAUGGAGCGCAGGAAGGUCAUGUGACCUAAAACUCCACCAUGAGGACACCACGUCUUUUUCCCUUUUCUUUCAUGGAACAUUCGUCCAUCACAGUUCUGUUCAGAGACGGUGGUUCUGUCCCCUACAGACUAACAGAAUGCCUUUCCUCUCUCUCUCUCUCUCUCUCUCUCUC